UUUUCUUUCAACGCAGAACUGGGCUGGUGGCUGGCUGCUUCAAUCAAAGGGAAGGGAGGCAGAGGGAAGGGAGGCUCUGCGGGGAGAGAUGUAAGAUGGCAGAGCUACAAAUGUUGUUAGAGGAAGAGAUUCCGGCCGGCAAAAGAGCGCUCGUGGAGAGUUACCAAAAUCUGACCAGAGUAGCGGACUAUUGCGAGAACAAUUAUGUUCAGGCCCAGGACAAGAGGAAAGCUCUGGAGGAGACCAAAGCCUACACCACCCAGUCCCUGGCCAGUGUGGCCUACCAGAUCAAUGCCUUAGCCAACAAUGUCCUGCAGCUGCUGGACAUCCAGGCCUCGCAGCUGCGGCGCAUGGAGUCAUCCAUCAACCACAUCUCUCAGACGGUGGACAUCCAUAAAGAGAAGGUAGCCAGGCGGGAGAUCGGGAUCUUGACCACCAACAAAAACACAGCGAGGACUCAUAAGAUCAUUGCGCCGUCCAACGUGGAGCGGCCGGUCAGGUACAUCAGGAAGCCCAUAGACUACACCGUCCUGGAUGAUGUCGGACAUGGAGUUAAGUGGCUAAAAGCCAAGCAGCAUGGAAACAAUCAGGCAGUCAGAGCAGGAACGCUAUCGAGGACCAACCCACCAACACAGAAGCCACCCAGCCCACCGAUGUCGGGGCGUGGCACACUCGGACGCAACACACCUUAUAAGACCCUGGAGCCGGUGAAGCCGCCGACGGUGCCCAACGACUACAUGACCAGCCCCGCUCGCCUGGGCAGCCAACACGGCCAGCAGAACAGCCCUGGACGUACGGCGUCACUCAACCAGAGGCAACGCACACACAGUGGAAGCAGCGGGGGCAGCGGCAGCAGGGAGAACAGCGGCAGCAGUGGGAUCGGCAUUCCCAUCGCUGUGCCUACGCCUUCCAUCCCCAACUCUGGACCAGUCCCGCCCAUGUUUGCCCCACCUCCCCCCCCGCCCCCUCCUCCUGUUCCUCCCAUGGCCGGGCUGGCCCCACCGCCUCCUCCAGCACCGCCUCCUCCUCCACCAUCAUCUCUAGUUGUGGCCGCUGGGCCUGGACUGGGUCCCGCUCCAGUAUCCCAGUUUGGAACCAUCUCACGGCAGAUUUCCCGACACAACCCCUCCAACUCUUCUGUCUCUAUGGUUUCGGCCACGGGCACCUACCGCCGGGCGCCGUCGGUCACUUCCCAGUUCUCCUUGCAGCAGCAGCAGCAGCAGCUACAGCAGCAGCAGCAGCCUCACAUUAAUGGAGGCACUCCAGGUUUCGGCCAGAACUCAAUGUCUGUCGCGCCGCCUCCUCCUCCUCCCCCCAUGCCCCAGCUGACUCCGCAGAUACCUCUGACUGGCUUUGUGGCCAGGAUGCAGGAGAGCAUUGCUGAUACUCCCACCCCACCUCCACCCCCACCUCCAGAUGACCUGCCCAUGUUCGAUGAUUCCCCCCCUCCCCCUCCUCCCCCGGUGGACUACGAGGAGGAGGAGGACGCCGCCGUGGUGCAGUACAGUGACCCGUAUGCCGACGGAGACCCGCAGUGGGCCCCCAAGAACUACAUAGAGAAAGUUGUUGCAAUCUACGACUACGCCAAGGACAAAAACGAUGAGCUGACGUUCAUGGAAGGCGCCAUCAUCUACGUGGUGAAGAAGAACGACGACGGCUGGUUCGAGGGCGUCUGCAACGGCGUCACUGGCCUGUUUCCUGGGAACUACGUGGAGUCCAUCAUGCACUAUGCCGAGUGAAAGGAAAGAUCUAUUUAUUCAGUCAUAUCUGGUGGAAGACAAAUAGACCCCGCCCCCUUUUUUAGGUAAUAAAAACAGAAUGUUCUCUCUCUUUUACUGGUUGCAAAUAAAAUAAAAAGUAAUUAGAUUACUCUGGUGUGAUGGAGAUGUGUGGUGACAUUUUGCCUGAACAAAGUUUCUCAAUGGAAGAGGAUUAGGGCCAAGAAAAGGAAAAGAAAUCUCACUUUAAUCUCAGAAAUCAGAUAUUUUUCUGAGAUUAAAGUCAGAAAUCUUUAUUUUUUCUUGUCAGUAGCCCUUAUCCUCUUCCGUUUUGAUGAAGCAAAUAAAAACACACCUUGAGUCUGAGCGUUUGUACAUAACGUUAGCCUCUGAGUCCUGAAAUGUAAAAAGAAUAAAUAAUCUGUGAAUGUCGAUAAGAUUCAGAUGCAGUUUAAAAAAAUACUGUAAACAAAUCAGCCUUGGCGUAGAAGCAUGCAAAUAUAAUAUAAUCCUUACUUUUUUGCCAUUAUGAUUCUAUUAAGUUGUUAAUGUGUUCACGUUUUUUAAUCUCAACUGUCGGAUCACUGAACUUUUUACUCCACAACCCUUUUCUCUGUUUUUGGAAUUUGAUUUUGUUAUCAUAAUUUGUAUGCAUUUAAAUCUUUUCCAUUAAAAUAAUUAGUUUUUAUAUUUUAAUGAAGCAUUUGAAUGAUAUGGAUUAGGGAUUGAUGGGAAACGUUUGGUCUGUCCUGAUCCUGCAGCUGAUUGGUUCACACGUUUUCUUUGGUUGGAUUUAUGAAUGCAUUCAGAUUAAAACCAUAAAUUAUUUAGUUUAUUUUUAAAUGAUCAGCAGUUUUUCUUGAGGUCUCUUUACGAGUUUUUCUUUGGAUUUUUGCAUCUUUUUCACUCCUUUAAAAAUAUUAAUCCAGGACUGGAGAGUAAGAUAUUUCUUUUUUUCAUUUUUCCUGCAAAAAAAUAACAACCUGUCUUAAAAGCUAAAAAAAAGUAUUUUGCACAGCAGCUCGAAUGGUUAUUAAAUAUGUUCUCAAGUGUUUCUGCAGCUUUAGCGGCUCCUGUCACACCUAGGAUCCAUCCUGGCAUAAAAACAAUCUAAACAUGUUCAGUUAGGAGAUUAUUGUCACAGUUAGCAGACAAGUCUCGAUAUUUCUCUUCUGCUCUCGAUGGGUUAUUUUAAAGUCUGUCCUACAUUUUCCUAUUUUUUAAGAAUAAAUCUUCAACUGAACAGAAAAGGAGUGAAAAGGCAGCAAAUGUCAAAGGAAAAGCAUCAGAGCUUCAGAAAAUCUGGAGAAAAGCAAACUGAAAGAUUAUUCAUUUGAAGAAAAAUGUCUUUAAUUAACAUAGAAAUCUGUUUAUGUAUUUCCUGGAAAAAGAUCUUAGAUGUUCAUUUUAAAUCCAGCGGCAGAUGAGUUUAUUAAAUCUAACACAAUCCGGUUUUGUCUGGAAUCAGCCUGUUAAUUUACUCCGAUCUGUGGGAUCCGUCAGUAGUUGUUUAGCAGAUUUAAUCUCUGAAAGGUGUGCAGUGAUUGUUGGCCAGACACUGCCAUGUGACAAUUCAGAUAAAGCAACUCUAAUACCUCCAAGCAACAAUUACCAUGUGAUCCUCGGGGGCUCGAACGCUCGGGUCGAACCAGACAUUAGGCGGUGCCGCUCAGGGAUCGCCUCCCUGCAGGAAAUUGCAGCUAAUGCCUUGAUUUUGUUUUCAUUUCCCAAAAGAAUCUAUUUUAUUUUUCUUGAGUGGGAGUCCUGAAUCCACCUCUCUGCUCAUUAUGUAUAUAUAAUGUUGAUUGAAAAUUAAUGUACAGUCUUUUAUAAUAAACAAAUCUAUGUA